AGGAGCGCAAAAGGAGGUAAGAGAGAAGAAAUAGCCAACGCUUGGAAAGCGCGUGAAAGGCUUCCCUGAAAAAGAGAAGCUGAUAACAUCCUGGAAGAUGACUCUUCAGCCCCCAAAUACGGACGAUAUCUCACCCAAUACUCUACAAAAUGAAACGGAAGAAACCAUAGAGGAUUCCUUGUUGGAAAAGCCCUUGGAGACUGACAGAGUUCUGCUGAAAAUGGAACUCAGUGGCCCGUCGGGAUGCAACACAAGGCUUUCCCCAGGUUCAUUUCACAUAUCUGGCAGUUCUGAAGAUAAAGAUGUGGUAAACCCAUUAGGUGAAAGGACUGGGUGUGUAACCCAAGUUACCCAGCAAUAUUCUCUCACAGACGAAAACAAUUUGCUCAACACUACUCUAGAACAAAAAAUGAGCUCAGAGGGCCAGCAGAGCCUGCACUCCUUGGAACACCCUGAGGGAAGAAAAGAGGACUUAGAUUCUGACGGAAAUCUCCUGAAAAUGGAGACCGGUGGUCCUCCAGGAUGUAAUAUAUUGCCUUCCUCAGGCACAGAUAGUUCAUCAGACAGUUUUGCACCCGAAGAUGUGGUAGGUUCCUCAGGUGAAAGGGCUGAAUGUUCAACCCAAGUUGCCCUGCAAGAUUCUCCAGUGGAAGAGAAGAACAGUUCACCCGAACCCAUCCUUCAGCAAAAAGUGAGUUCACAGAGCCAGCAAAAGGAGCUCUCCUUGGAGGACCCUCGUGAUGCAGAAGAGAAUCUGUUGGACAAGGAAAGAGAAACAGUUGUUCAAAAGCCUGAAGGCCCUGGGGUGGAAAGAUCUUUGACUGAAGGGCACAUGGGAUGCGAACCAGAGGCUGAGCCCUGCGCAGAAGAGGCAAGCCAGCAGAGCGCGAGAGAACGGCCGAUGGAGCAGCAUGGCAAUGGUUUUGUGUCCUAUGGGCUUGUUCUGGGAGUUGUGGUGCUUUUGGCUGCUGUUUUCAUUGGCGCCUCUGGCUACCUCACUUCACACCCCCUGAAUGUGCCCAAAAACCCAGUUGUGGAGGCCUUCGUGUCAAGAUUUGAUCCUCUGAAGGAGAGCUUCCCGGGUCAGAGACCUUACCUGUGGGGAAGGGUCCGGAAAGUCCUACAGAAACACCUCAAUGCUUCCCACCACGCUGGGCCAGCUAUCUUAAUCCUUGCCUCUGCGCAGGAAGGCAAAGCAACCUUGAAGUGCCUGAGCUCCCAGAUUGCCGAUAUCUACUCCUCAUCCCUCGGCGGCAGCACAGUCCAGGUGGAUGGAGCAUCGAAAUCCACUCUCAGCAGCGAUAGGGCCAAGCUGGCUGUCGACAAGGAGCUCACCGCUGGCUUCCACGGAGGGGGGAGGGCAGCCGUGGUGCACCAGUUUGAGUCGCUGCCUGCAGGUUCCACCUUGAUCUUUUACAAGUACUGCGACCACGAGAACGCAGCUUUCAGAGAUGUGGCGCUGAUUUUGACAGUGUUGCUGGAGGAUGAGAACCUGGAGCCUAAUGUUGGCCCGCAGAUUGUGGAGGAAAACGUGCGGGACUUCCUCUCGGCCAAGUUCACGAACUCAGACACGCCCACAUCCUACGACCACAUGGACACGGACAAACUGAGUGGGUUGUGGAGCCGGAUAGCCCACCUGGUCUUGCCAGUCUACCCAGUACAAGCCAUAGACGAUGCUGGUUGCCCUUUGCAAACCAGAGCCCAGGGCUGAAGAAGGCGGAUUUCAGAGGAAAGGCAAAAAGCUCUGAAGGAUUUGCGCCAAUCAAGGAAACUCGUUUUCCCCCCUACAAGACUCUGUGAGCCAAGCAGGGGUCUAGAAGCAUUAAUGAGGAGCUGGCUGAUUUUAUAUCAAUCAUGCAUUUUGAUGUUGGUAUUGAUUGACAAAAUGAGAAGUAUAUUAACUGUG